ACAGGCUUCAGGUACUGUGUGACAAUCGUCAUGAACGAAUUAUAACAAAAAAAAACUGUCAAUUCUUUGAUUAAAUGUGCCAGACUGUCGUACUUCGUGAUGUAACUUCUAUCGGUACCUCACUGUACCGAGUAUUAGUCCCUGUCGUUCGGUUUCGUGUAAUGUACUGAUAUAGUUCAGUUAACAACGUUAACGACAGGCGCUGCGCGGAGCGCGCGCGAAACAUCCAAGCCGAAUUCGGCGUCGCCGCCGCUGGUCCGGGGAUCCAAAGUUCCAAGUCAAGUGAAUGCUUAUGAUCCAGUCAAUUUUCUUGUUUAACUAUAAAUUUGUCAAAUUUCUAUUGUCGAAUGACAUAUUUGUCUGAUCUGAUUUAAACAUGGUCUUGGCUCGUGGUCAGAUGGCCCUGUAUUGUGAAUUAUUGUGUAACUAACUUUGCAGGAAGAGCAGGUUCUUUUGAGGUUGAAAGUGGACACCCGGAGCUCUAUGUAGAUGUCUUCUCGGCUGGUUAUACAGAACAUGGAUUCAGAUCCUCCUCCUUCCUACAACCAUUACACCAACUAUGGUAGCACAGGGAACUCGGAUCCCGAGCCUGCCGGAUCACCUGCUGUGUCGUCGGCGAAAGAACCCGAGGUCAAGAGAUCAGACAACAGCGGGGAAACGAUGAAUGGUUCCGGACCGGGUCACUACACCUACGAGGAGCUGAGUGAUGGCUUUGCCUGCCCGACGUGUCAGGGCACUGGCAAAAUUCCUAGAGAUCGUGCAGAUGACCUUGUGGCCUUGAUUCCAUACAGCGAUGCAAGAUUGAAACCUCGUAGAACACUUCGGUAUGUGCUUCUGUCAAUAUUCCUGUGUGCCUCUCUAGCAGGCAUAUUGAUAGCUUUCCUUCUACCUAGGCCAAUAUCCUUUGAACAGGAAGGGAAGGUGAAUACAGUUUCUACGAGUUAUAACCAAACAGUGCCUACCAUGACAUUAGUACUAGAGACCAAGUUUGAUAUCUACAAUAAAAAUUUUGUGGCCAUCGAUGGUCAGUCGUUGACCAUUACCGGCAGCUGGAGCGAACAGGUGAUCGGGACCAAUAUUACAGUGCUGGACAGCAGUGUUCAUGUUCCUGGACGUCAAAAUUUUGAGCUUUCUGGAAAUGUAACAGUGACCUUUACAGAGAGUGCGUGGGUAUCCCACUGUGUAGAUGGCUCAAUUACCCAUUUAAUAUACAUGGAGUUUAUAGCGUCGUUCCAGUACGAUCUGAUGUCCCAGAGUCAGCAGUCGACCGUGACAUACUACAAAGCCGUCAGCUGUAAGCCCAUCACAGAAUUGGACUGGUCUUGGCCGCUAGCAUCCGAACUGAAAUAAUACAUGCUUCCUCCUCUUUGGCUUCUAGUUGUUUUCUUGAAAUGUUGGUUCUCCCCGUUUCAGGCUCGUACUUUACACACUCCAGGAAAGUAUUAAGAGUUUUUACAAAUAUUUAUCAGGUAUAUCCUUGUGUGUGAUCUUCAGUGAUUUUCUGUUAUAAUCUACUGAAAUCUCUGUAUCUGAUAUACUGGGGCAAGUGAGUUCUGUUAUCAGAAACCACUGGAAGCUGAUUGGGUACGGGCUCACUUGGCAGUAUUAUUCACUGUGAAGCUGCUUCGUGAACCACGCCCCUGGAAGAUGUACAUCAAAAUCGUCUUUCCAACUACUGUUGUAAUUAAAAUCGCAAACCUGUAGGCAAGACAGGAAUUUAAUGAGCUUAAGAGGACAUUAUUAAUGUAUUGAGAUGUUUCAAAAAAAGAAUCUCAUGUUUCAAUAACAUGCGAUCAAGUCAACACUGAUAACAAUUAUAGCAUAUUUGAGGUGCCGAAUUGCGCUCUUCAUAUUACCACGACUUGGUGCAUUCAAGGAAUUAAUCCAUCAUAUAAGCAUUCUUUCCCCAAUCACAGCUCUCUGUAUGUCACUGGGCACUCUCAGGAAUGGUUGUUGAUUAUUAGAUAUAUAAUGAUUUCAAUUCCAUCUAAAACUGUCAUGUAUUUUUUGUGUGUAAUACUCAGAAAAUGGUACAGUAUAGGCCUACCUUUCAUUCCGUCAAUACCAAUUUUUUUUUAUUUGAUGAUUUCAAUUCAUCCCUUAGCUAUUUACAAUUUAUGUCCAAUUGAUGUCAGACUUAUUACAUUGGUAUAAUAAAACCUUUAUUCAUCCAUUAAUAAUAGGUUAUCACAGAAGUGCCAUUAACGGUGCCGGUACUGUACCUGUAUGUCAAUGAAUAUGCAGUUUAAAACACUUUGAAUAAACUUUUGCUUUCUUUCUUGAUGGUUGAGAAAAGCCAUCUCUCUUCUUGGUGAGAUUUCCAUGCAUAUAGAUUCUGGAUUCACUCUCAUUUAUUAGAGAUAACAUUUUUAAAGUCUACAUUACUUUAAUUUGGAUUUGAAUGUUUCCAAGGAAGUGCAGUUUAAAAUUGAAGAAGGAAGGUUGUUAAACUGUUGUUAAACUGUAUUUUCAAAGAAUGAGUCCUGGCUGGAAAACCCUGGCCUAGUGUCGAAUCUGGGGAAAUUUGUGGUUGACCCCCCCCCCCCCCCCUUAGCUCUUGUAUUCCAGUGGUCGAAAUGAUUUAUAUGGGCAAUUCCAUGGAAAAUGUUCACUUUCGAGAAAAAAUGAAUUUUCAGAUUUCACUUAAGCAGUCAAAUUUUCUUAAAAAGUAAUCUAUAAAGUUUCAAUUUCCAAUAGAAAAAUCACAAUAUUGAUAAAAUUUUGUGGUUUUUUCCAUCAAAAAAAUAAAAUAAUAAAUUGCAAAAUCUAAAAAAUGUGGCUAUUUUUAAACAAUUCAUCUUUCCUGUCUCUACUAAAAGCAAAAAAGGUCCCACAGGUCUCUUUUAACUUUUGUAUAGAUGAUUAAUGUUUAAAUCAACAGAAAAUCAUUGUGAUAUUUCAUGCCAUUCAUCAAUUUUAGAGAAAUCGAUCUUCAGAUUAAUGUGAUUUCUUUACCAUUAUCAGUGUCAUGUCCGUUACGUUUUUCACUUAAAGUUUUCACAGCUUACAGGAAAUUUGUCUGAAGGUACUGCAGAUUCAGAUUCUAUGUUAGAAUUAAACCCCCUACCAUGUGUAGCAAUCAUUUUCCCUGACCACUUCUCAUUUUCAUAAAAAUGGCGUAACGGACAUGACAAUUCGCGUAACGGACAUGACACCUAAUAUAUGACAAAAGGCCGCAUUCACAAAAACAAAAUAUUAGGCUCAGUGUCACAGACUGUGGUCAGUCUCAAUUGCUUGAGGAUAGCUGGAUGUAAUAACUCCUAGAAUCUGCAUGUCAUUCUAGCUAUUUUUAGAAGUUGGUAAAUGAUGAAAGUUCAGCUCUUGUUCUGGUAUAUUUUUCUGAGAAUUAACGGUAUGCCACAUAAUAUUAGGAUAAGAUGCAGCUAAAUCUGGCAACAUACUCAGAUCACAAUCUGCAUCAUUUGUGUUUGAACAAUAAUUUAUUAUCUUAGGUGUUUGCACUGACAGUUUGGAGCAUGAUAAAACUCCAACUUGUGAAUUCAUGAGAUCUUUGAUUAUGACAUUGCUUCAAAGUAUCUGACUUUCACCAACCCUCAACUUCUUCAGUGAUGGCACUGGCUCACAUUUAAAACAAGUUUGUAAAUAUUCAGAUAUCUGUGUUACAUGAUGUAGCUCUAUGAAUCCAUGAAUCUACAGUGGCACUUCUUAAUAUCACAAAGCAAAGAGGCUGUGGAAGGAAUGUGGCGCGAUCAAUAAAUUAUGUCAUCAUAGUAUUUUGGUCAGCCAUAAUCAUGAUUUGAAUGAUGUAUCUUCGUUUGUACACAAGCAGCGCAGACAAUACAAUGAAAUUAGAUACAGCCACAUUUGUCAGCAAGCAAGAUCGUAAGAUUGAGUACAUCCAAGAUUUGAUUAAAGGAUGAUUAUACCAAGGAUCUUUAUUUUGAAUGAAAAAAAUCUCAGAAGCGAUUUACAAACAUUCCGAUUACCUUAUAACUCGUACAUAAUCGAUAAUGAAAGACUGGUUUCCAGGUACUGCUAUUAAAAUUUAAAAUACUUUUUAAUAUCAUUUUUUUAAUCUUAAAAUUGACAUUAAUACUAGUACAUAUUCUUGAUCAUAAAAUACAUUUUAUAAUACAGGUGUAUGUUCAUCUUGGAUUUAAUCAGGUCUGGUACAUUUUGUUUUCUUCUCACAAAAAAUCUGAUUUGCCCUUCUCAGUGUGCCUAUGGUACUAUUAAAGCAUUGUAUUCUAUAUAAAAUUAUCAUGUGGGCUAUAGCUAUUAAAUUAAUAAUACCUGCCAAAAGUGCCAAUAAUAUCUACAUUUUUUUCUUAAGAAUGUUAGUAAAGGUACUUUGCUGUUAAUAAUUACAUUCAUUAUUCAUAUUUCUUUCAUUUUGCAACUAAGAAGUGCUGAUGAAGUUCACUUUAGAAGGGUGUCAUGUCCGUUACGCUAGUGUAUAUUGUCAAAUAGUAAGCCAUGAAUAACAAAUAAUCUUUACUAUCAACUUUUUCUCUUUUAAUUAGAUGUGGCGGAUGGUAGUAACUGGAAAAUAAUCAUUAACUGUUGUUAACUAGUG